AUGAAUGUAUAUACUGGAAAUUUGUUCAACAACCAUCCCGAAACAAAAUUUGUUGCGCUAAUUUUUCCUUUGUUUGUUGAUGGAAGCUAUGAAUUUUACAUGGAUGAGGAUGGAAUCACAAAAGAAAGAGUGAAGAUUGUUGAGCCAAAUUUUUAAGAUUAUAAAAAAAGUUUUAAAAACAGAUGUGAGCGCAGAAGGCAAUCGUGAAAAAACAAAACGCAACUUAAGGCCUAAAUAGUAGGGUUUCACCGGAAGUUC